AUGGAACAUAAUUCAGAUAACUAAUUCUAUGCUCCAGAUCAUAAAUAAAAAGAUAAAUAUCCACUAACCAAUCAAAUCUCUUAAGAUUUUCUAGAUGAUACUCACAUCUAUCGUAUCAUAAGAUUAUGUAAAGAAUCUGUCAAAAUUAUGCAGGAUUUCAAAUGGGAGAGUAAUAUUUUUCUUUUUUUAUAUUCUAGAUAGACUUCUUAAAGAAAAAGAAUGGAGAUAACUUAAAGUAUAUUAAAGUAGAGGAUGGUUACAUUAUGCAAUCUUUGAAAAAGAACCAUACGUUUUGUUAUUCAAACGAAAAAUCCCUAAAAAUAAAAGAUCAUGA